CUUCUAGCAUCAAACCUUGGGCGCAGAAACUGAUCUCUAACUGAAUCGAUACUAGCAGCGUCUAAAGGGAGCCCCCUCAUUUAAGAAGCCUUGUACUCAGGGCCAUGCCAACUUCAAUACGCUCCGUGGUACUCCUUGCUGCUUCCUCCUCAGGCUACCGAAAUGUUUUCGUCCUCAACGAGAGUCUACCCAUCUGCAACAGGUGUCCAUUACAUAUUGCCAUCUGACACUCUUGAGAGACGCCGACUUGAUCUACAGCACUCCUUCCUUAGUCGCGCAUUAUGCGACAGUAAAUCUGUGUUGGCGCCCAUAACUCUGAAGCCAAGCGACAAGGUCUUGGACUCCGGUACAGGGUCCGGUGCUUGGGCCCUUUCGCUCGCGGAGGAAGUUCCCGCGUCGGUCUCUAUCGAUGCUUUUGAUAUUCAAUCCAAUAUCUUCCCCGAGUCGUUUCCACCGAAUAUCCAUUUUUCCCUUCACUCUGUCACUAACCUACCUGGUGAAUGGAGUGAUACGUACUCACUAGUCAACCAACGUUUUCUCUUCACGGCCUUGACAGAACCACAGUGGAAAGCUGCGUUAUUAGAAAUAUUCCGUGUUCUAGCUCCAGGCGGGUGGGUGCAGCUCGUUGAAAGCAGUCCGCUUAUGAAAAAUAUGGGCGAGUACACACAGAAAAUGCAAAAACUCUUGAUCGAGUUAUUCGCGUAUAAAAAGCUCGUUACAGACGUCCCGGAACGCCUCCCCGAUAUGUUGACCCAACAGGGAUUCGUUAACAUACACAGCGAAACACGAGCCUUGCCUUUGGGGGCCUGGGCUGGUUUGGAUGGCACCCAACACAGGGACAAUCUCAUUGGGGUGUUUUCUGCACUUCAUGGACCUAUUCUGCAAAGUGGCGGAUUUGAGCCCAUGUUGUCGAAGGAGGAUUUUGAUAAAUUUCUCACAACGCUUGCGAAAGAGUGGGAUAAUGGAGAAGAAGCCUUUGCUUCGCAUUCAUGGACAGUGGUGUACGCACAAAAGGUACGAGGUGUCCCCACUAUGAGAAAUGAUCAUGUUAGGCUGAUAAUUUACCAUGCGGAAAGCCUCUUGCGUAACCUUAGUCUGCAUUUUCUUCGUGGAAAUAAUAGAUUCCUGUUUUACUUGUGUAUAAAAUUAACGAGCUCGCACCAGUCGAAUUAUAUUAGACAGCAACGAAGAACACCUAUUUAUUAACCCUCCGACUUUACAUAUUGCAUGUGUUGGUG